AUGGCAGUUCAUCAUAUGGAUGUGGAGGCAGUGGACAAUCAAGCUCUGGAGAGGGAGGGAAGCAUGGAGGAAAGAAGGAAACAGAAAGGGAAGAACAUGGCUUCCCAUGAGCAGACUUUUCGUAAGUCUGAUCGGUUGGCUCUCCAAAAAAAGUGUUGGUGGCAGCAGAGGCCUUUUGCUUUGUCAGUGGUGCAUGCAAACUGUUUCAGGGCUACGAGAAGGGAUCUAUGGACUAACCUAGCUAUGUCUGCUCCGAGCCAAGGCACUCCUUGGUUGGUCCUUGGCGACUUCAACGCUACCUUUCAAGCUCAUGAAAAACGAGGCCCAGGAUCCUUUAACCUGGGGUCUGUAGCUGAGUUUGGAGCAAUGGUUGAUGGGUGCUCCCUUAUCCAAAUUCCUUCUCAGGGGCGUAAGUUUACCUGGACUAAUAACUGGCGUAGGGGGAAUGUAGUUGCAGUGCUGGAUAGGAGCUUUUGCACAGAUGAUUGGUUCACAGUUUUUAAGGAUUGCCAUCAGAGGAAAAUUAAAAGGCUCAAGGAAGAUAUAAGAGAGUGGGCAAGAGGUGCCUUUCCUAAUGUUAAUUUGGAAGUGCACGAAGCACUUAAGGGGCUUGAAGAGAUCCAGAUGGAGAUUGAGGAGAAAGGCAUGGAUGAUCAAUUGUUUGAUGAGGAAGCUGAGGCAAAAUCGAGGCAUUUGAAGGCAAUGGAAGGGUACGAGAAGCUUUGGGUUGAGAAGGCUCGAUCCAGAUGGAGAUUACAGGGGGAUAGAAGUUCCAAAUUUUUUCAUAUAUCAGAAAAAAUUAGGAGAAUGAAAAAUACAAUCAUAAGCUUGAAGGUGGGCGCUGAUCAGAGUUCCCCUACUACGGAUCAUCUGGACAUACUGGAUUGCAUCGCCCAAGUCUUGGAAGAAGCGAAUAGAUGGAGGUUGGAUAAGAUGCCUUCCAAUGAUGAAAUCAAAGGGCUGAUCUGGGAGCUUGAUCCUGAGAGUGCUCCAGGUCUGGAUGGCUUCCCAGGUAUGUUGCACAAAGUUUGCUGGGAAAUUAUUUACGUUGAUGUCUGUAAUGCUGUUAGAGGUUUUUUCAAUAGGGGAAUUAUUCCAUAUGGCAUUAACACGAUAAGACUUUUAGGGAUGCUGCCUCGUUUGAUAUCUGAAGAGCAGGGAGCCUUUCAAAAAGGCAAAAUCAUCCACUCUAAUAUUUCCUUGGCUUCAGAGCUAUCAGAUUUUCUGUUUUCUACUUCCAGAGGGGGUGAAAUGGGGUUGAAGAUUGACAUCCAGAAAGCAUACGACACAAUCUCUUGGGAUUUUAUGUUCCAAGUGCUGAGGAAGUUUGGGUUUUCUGAGAACUGGAUAUCCUGGGUUCAUCAGUUGUUGGCCUUUGCAAAAGUGUCAGUACUCCUUAAUGGUGGCCCGAUUGGGUAUUUUGGAGUGGAGAGAGGGCUUAGACAAGGGGAUCCCCUAUCCCCAUUGUUGUUCAUCCUUGCAGAGGAGGUGUUAUGUAGAGGUCUUCAUUUGCUUGUGGCUGACAUGAAGAUUCAACCGCUCAAAGGCCCUCGUGGGGUGAUCACUCCUGCUCAUAGUCUUUUUGCAGAUGAUAUAUUCAUCUUUGCAAAUGCUUCAAUCAGGUAUGUUAAAAAUUUAAAGAGCUUCCUUAGUAAGUAUCAGGAGUUUUCUGGGCAGAAAAUCAAUCUAGAGAAGAGUAAAAUUUUUUGGGGGGAUAUAUCUUCUCAGAGAAAGCAGGCUAUAGUGGAGGAGUUAGGGAUUCCCCUUUGUAUGUUCCCUACAAGGUACUUGGGGGUGGAAAUUUUCAAAGGAAGAAUUAAAAAGGAGUCAGUGAUGCCAAUCAUGGAUAGAGUGAAAGAUCGGUUAUCAGGAUGGAAGGGUAAACUAUUGUCCCUGACUGGUAGGGUGGAGCUGGGCGAGGUAGAUUCGAUGAAAAGAAUUGUGGUCAACUGGGAUCAGUGUUGCAAACCUAAGGAGGAAGGAGGCCUUGGGUUGAGGAGAUUAAGAGAUGUUAACAAAGCCAUGCUAUGUAAAACUGCAUGGAAAAUAAAGCAUGAAGACUCGGCGACUAGUAGGUUCAUGAGGGCCAGAUUUCAUGGUAAAAAAGGGACACCUAAGAAAGGGUAUGGUAGAUCGUCCAUAAGGCCUGGUAUAAAAAGUGUGUGGAAUUUUAUUUCUUCAAAAGAAAGAUGGAUUGUUGGGGAUGGAAGAUCAAUAAAUUUCUGGAAUGACAUUUGGGUGGGUGAGGCAGCUCUGGAAGAAGGUGUGGAUGGUGCGGAUCGUUGGACCUGGAAGGGAAGGUGCAUCGUUUCAUUCAAGAUUUCAAAUGGUGUUUACCUGAGACGCCUUGGUGUUCCUAUUCAGGAUGGAUCUCACAGGGAGACGUUGGAGGUUUUUUGGUGUAAGCCUUUUGUCAACUGGAUUAAUCUCAAUUUUGAUGGAAGCUCUUUGGGGAAUCCAGGGCAGGUUGGUGUAGGAGGAAUAUUUAGAGAUCAGCGGGGAAGGGUGCUAAGCUCAUAUAAAACGUUUCUAGAGGUGAUUGGUGCCUUUGAAGCAAAAAUAGAGGGUUGA